AUGACGAGGGGGUCGGGAGCAGGGGACGAGCUGCUGUUCAGGGGCACCAUCUCCCGGAAAUGGACCUCUCUGCUCUGCCUCAGCAGCUUCUGCGUCGGCCUCAUCUUCACCAACAGGAUGUGGACCGUCCCAGAAUCCAAAGAAAUCAUCAGGAGGUCGGCCCUCGAAUUGGACAAAAUGAAUCUCGUCUCUUCUAGUGAUUGUGCGCUCAAAAGUGUCCAAAGAACUGAAGAUGCUAUCCAGUCACUGGACAAAACAAUAUCGAACUUAGAAAUGGAGCUAGCCUCGGCCAAGGCGACGCAGGAUUCCAUCCUCAAUGGCGGCGCGCCGUCGUCGGAACCGGCUGCGAAACGGAAGUACUUCAUGGUCAUCGGGAUCAACACCGCGUUCAGCAGCCGGAAGCGGAGAGAUUCAGUUCGUGCCACAUGGAUGCCUCAAGGGGAGAAAAGAAGGAAGAUGGAAGAGGAGAAGGGCAUCAUCGUCCGUUUCGUCAUAGGUCAUAGUGCAACAUCUGGUGGGAUACUAGAUAGAGCAAUUGACGCAGAAGACAGAGAGCAUGGCGACUUCUUGAGGCUGGACCACGUUGAAGGGUACCUGGAGCUGGCAGCAAAGACGAAAUCCUACUUCGCCAAAGCCGUGUCCAUGUGGGAUGCAGAGUACUUCGUCAAGGUGGACGAUGAUGUGCAUGUAAACAUAGCAACUCUUGGAGGCAUAUUGGCCAGGCAUCGUUCCAAGCCCCGAGCUUACAUCGGCUGCAUGAAAUCAGGCCCGGUCCUCGCUCAGGAGGGUGUGAAAUACCAUGAGCCUGAGUACUGGAAAUUCGGCGAAUGGGGAAACAAAUACUUCCGGCACGCGAGCGGUCAGCUUUACGCCAUCUCCAAGGAUCUGGCCUCCUACAUAUCAAUCAACCAGCAUGUUCUCCACAAAUAUGCCAACGAGGAUGUGUCGAUAGGAGCCUGGUUCAUCGGAGUGGAUGCCGAGCACGUCGACGAUCGCCGGCUCUGCUGCGGCACGCAUCCAGAAUGUGAACGGAAGGCUCAGGCGGGGAACGUAUGCGCUGCGUCGUUCGACUGGAGCUGCAGCGGCAUCUGCAAGUCGGCGGAUCGGAUCAAGGAGGUCCAUCGGCGCUGCGGUGAGAGUGAGAACGCCAUCUGGAACGCAACCUUCUAA